AUGGAUGAGGAAUUAUGUCCAGGAGCACGGAUGACUUACCAUGGCUAUGGCAAUCAGGAGUUAUUUCCCUGUGAAGACUGUGGAAGACGCUUUGCAGCAGAUGUUCUGGAAAGACAUGCACCAAUAUGUAGAAAACUCUUCAACAAAAAGCGCAAACCUUUCAAUUCUUUGAAGCAAAGAUUACAGGGCACUGACAUUCCUACUGUGAGGAGGGCUCCUCAAGCUAAGUCUCAACGUGUGAGGAAAUCUAACUGGAGAAAACAGCACGAGGAGUUCAUUAGUGCAAUCCGGGCAGCCAAGCUCUGUACCCUAGCCAUGAAAGAAGGCCGGUCUCUUCCACCUCCUCCUGCUCCAACCAUCAACCCAGAUUAUAUUCAAUGUCCAUACUGUAUGAGGAGGUUUAACGAAAAUGCUGCCAGCCGACAUAUUAAUUUCUGCAAGGAUCAGUCCUCUCGCCGUGUCUUUGAUGCAGCCCAAACAGCAGCCAGAUUGGCAUCCAGAGCUCAGGCUAGGGCACAGGCAAGUCCCCCAAAAGAACCAACUGUUACCAGUGCUGUGAGAUCUCUGCUACAGAACAAAGUCCUGGAAGCGACGAAAGAAGUCUUGACAAAGCCAGAAACGGAGCAUCCAAAUCUAAUAAUGAAGUAA